AUGGCUAGAAACAUGGGACUGUGCCUUGGGGCUGUUUGGCUGUUUUUUGAAGCGCUCCAAGGACACGGGUUGUUGUUGCCGAUAAGCAGAAAGGGGCAGCUCCGCCCCAGCAGGAACGCUCUGUCAGCUGCCUCCACAUCCGCCCCACAAAACAUCGUCCCUUCUCGGCGGGGUUUGCUCCUCGCAGCGGGCUCGGCGGCGGUCCCCGUGGUGGCAGUCCCCAUGGUGGUGGUCCCCGCGAUGCUGCUCACGCACAGGGUGAUGGUCUACGUGGUGCUGGGACUGCGGUCCCUGCUGGUGGGGGGGCUGCCCCUGCCCUGCCCCCCUCCCUGCCAGUGCUACGACACCUCCAAGGUCUUCUGCUCAGAGGAGAAGAUGAGGGAGAUCCCGGCGGGCCUGCCAGGGAACGCCACCCAGCUCUUCUUCGUGGAGACGGCCCUGAGCAGCAUCAGGAGUGGGGCGCUGGGCUCCAGCACCACGCUCACCAAGCUGGUCUUCCUCAACAACCACAUCCAGGAGCUGGAGGCGGGUGCCUUCUCGGGGCUGCCCAGCCUGGCCGAGCUGGAGAUCUCGGGCAACCCGCUGCCAGCCGUCAGCCCGGGGCUGCUGGCGGGGCUGCCCAGCCUCACCACGCUCUCCCUGAGCUCCAACGCCAUCCACUCCCUGCAGCCGGGGCUUUUCACCACCACCUGCUGCUUGCAGGACCUGCGCCUGCGGGGGAACAAGAUUGAGGCGCUGCCUCCUGCCAUCUUCCGCCUGCUCCACCGCCUCCAGGCCUUGGACCUCUCGCAGAACGUGCUGGCCGAGCUGCCCGACGGGCUGCUGGCCCCGCUGGCCGCCCUCCGCGUCCUGAAGCUGAGUGACAACAUGCUGGCACGGCUCCCACCCGGCGCCUUCGGGACGCUGUCCCAGCUGGGCGAGCUCCACCUCGACGGCAACCAGCUGGCCGAGCUGCCGGCUGGGGCCUUCGCGGGGCUGGGCGCGCUGCGGCGGCUGCAGCUGCAGCACAACGCCCUGGGCAGCCUGCGCCCCGACGCCUUCGCUGGCCUCCCCAACCUCACCUUCCUCAGCCUGGAGGGUAACCGGCUGGUUUCCCUGCCUGCCACUCUCUUCCAGGGCACCCCGAACCUCCUGCACCUCUCGCUGGCCCGCAACCAGCUGCAGGCGCUGCCCCUGGGUGUCUUCGCCAACCUCUCAGCGGUGCAGAGCCUGGUACUCUCACACAACGCCCUGGCUCACCUCCCCGCUGAGGCUUUCCGGGAGCUGGUGGGGCUGACGGCGCUGCAGCUCGGCCACAACAACCUCUCCAGCCUGCCGCCGGGGCUGCUGGACGGGCUGCCCAGCCUGGCCACGCUGGGGCUGGAGCACAACCGCCUGCCCCGCCUGCCCGCGGGCUUCUUCGAUGCCAACGAGGAGCUGGUGCGCGUGAGGCUGGAGGACAACCCCUGGGCGUGCGACUGCCGCCUCGCCUACCUCCUGGGCUGGCUCCAGGUCUUUGCUGACCCCCUCCUCCAUGUGCAAGCCUUCUGCACCAGCCCGGCCGCCCUCCAGGGCCAGCCCCUGCUGGAGGUGACCCAGAGGCAGCUGGCGUGUGCCAAAAAUGAGGGCUGGGACGCAGUGCCCGGGGAGGAUGCACCAGGGCAGUGCACCUACAGCAACCCCGAGGGCACCCUGCACGUGUCCUGCAAUGCCACAAGCUGCCAGCGGCUCAGCCUUCGCCUUCCUCCUCCUCCUCCCAGCCAGGCGGCGGGGCCGGGGCCCGAGUACCGGGGUUCCUGGGUGCUGCGCUCCCCCUGCGGCACGCUGCAGGUCAGCGUCCUCGUCACAGCGCAGGGCCCGGAGGUGACCACACCACCUGGGCUCCCUGCUGUGCCCUAAGACUCAGGCAUGUGCUGCUGCUCCUCGUGGUCAUCCUGCUGGUGCAGCAGCCACACUGCAAUCAGCCUGAGAAACGAUGCCCCGUGUCCUGCGCUGAUGUCCCCACCGUGGUCACCGUCACCUCGCUCUGUGCGAGAGCUGGACUCGUGGUGCCUCUUCACCCAGCCGUGCGUUCCUGUGUGUUUCAAAUAUUAUUAAAGUGUACAUAUCAUU